AUGUAUUCACUUCCUGGAAGCAAAUAACGAAUUUUGUUACCUUAAAGACAUAAGACAAUUUGCUUUAAACCUGAAAUCUAAGAAAUUUAAAAACUAAAGCAUUCAAAGGCUCUUCAUCCAUUUCAUUUGAAAUACAAGCCUAUUUCUUCUAAAUGUUUGGAAUAUGUCCUUUCAACAAGGUUAGAUUAUUAGACUAUUAUAAGUUCAAGUGAAUCUGAAGGUGAAUGUGAGAACAAUAAAAGUUGUCAUUGUAGAGAUUGUGGACAUUAAUCUAAGAAAAUGAAACAUAUGAAAAAGAAAUAUCGACGUUUUAGUCCUGUAAUGCAUGAAAGAAUAAGAGAAAGAAGAAAUAAACUUAAGCAAAAAUUUAAAAACGCAGUUUAUGUUAUUAUGUGGAUGCAAAAAUUAGUAAUAUAAAGAAAGAAGAAACCUAUAAUAAUAAAAAAGAUAGUUAGAAUGAAGACUAAAUUCUUUGAAGCUCUUCCAGAACCAUCACAAAAAGAUUAGUAGAUCAUUUAUCUAGAAGUAAAAUCUUAAUUUUAUAUGUGAAGCCAAUCCAACCAGUGCAAGUUUAAAUGAUUGAUUUUAGACACAAAUAGAGAUAAUCAAUUGUUAACUAUCUAAAUAAUAAAUUGCAUGAUUAAGAACAUAAUUCAAAUAAUUAUUAGUUAUCGCUUCCAAAAGUACGACACUAAAAUAAUCUCUCCAGUAGUCAUUCAAGAUUAUUACUUAAACCUUUGAAAACUUAAAAUGAUGAAAUACUAACUCCAUAAAGAAAUAAUUUACAUUCUAUAAUACAUAAAGCUACUCCUCCAUAAUAAUCCUCAAGUUCUCCUUAUUUAAAAUAACCACCUUUGACAACUAGAAUAAGAUCAUUAUAAAAUAGACUCUAUCUACCUGGAAAAUAUUGA